AAAGCAGCCUAGUUCAAGAUGACUGCCAUGACUUUGCCUUCACUGUCUUUUCUGUAGAAAUGGUUGUUGAGCCAUUGGACAGCUUCAAUUCCUGUUAGGUGGAACCCUUAUUCAUUUAACUAAGAGCGCCAGUAGUGCUGGCGAGCUGCUUGGCAGAUGGGAAAAUGUUUCAUUCUGGGUGGCUCUCUCGUCACUAUAUCCUAGUAGUUCAAAAUAAGUGCUUUGUUUGAAUUUACAAUUUUGUGGGUCAGAAAGAACUUGACUAGGAUUUUGUCAGGUAGCAUAUCUGUACCUAGAGCAUCUUAACUCAGGUCUUUGUAUAAAUGAUUGUUUUCCUGUGCUUCUAUGACCUCCUAUGAUCCUGUGAUUUCUUCAGUUUAGGCUUACAGUAUGUUUCAGAGUAGUCAGACUUCUCACAUGGUGGCCGAGCAAGCCUUCCGAACAGUAGGGACAUGUUGAGUUUCCUAAGGCUUGAAUUAGCAUGUAAUCACUUUUGUCAUAUCAGCUACCCAGGGCAGUCACAGAGUCAGAGAAUGAGAAGAGGAGACUCUUAGUGGGAACAACCACAGAACAAUUAAGCAGAAAGGGAAAACUGUUAUGAUGAAUGCUUAACUGACUUCAUCAACAGAUAAUUUACUCAUCUAAUGAAUGAUUCAAGAGAGGCUGAUUGCCAGCCUGGAAAAAGAAAAGGACAGAGUGUGCAGGUCCAACAAAAGCCCCUGGGUCUGUUUGACUUGUUCAAGUGUCCACUGUGGAAGGUAUGUGAAUGGCCAUGCAAAAAAACAUUAUGAAGAUGCACAGAUACCCUUACUCAACCAUAAGAGAUCAGAAAAACAGGAGAAAGCUCAGCAUACAGUGUGCAUGGAUUGCAGUAGCUACAGCACAUACUGUUACCGCUGUGAUGAUUUUGUGGUCAAUGACACCAAGCUGGGCCUGGUACAGAAAGUGAGAGAACACUUACAGAACUUGGAAAACUCAGCUUUUACAGCUGACAGGCACAGAAAAAGAAAAUUAUUGGAAAACUCAUCACUGAACAGCAAGUUAUUAAAAGUAAAUGGAAGUACGGCUGCCAUUUGUGCCACAGGCCUUCGGAAUUUGGGCAACACGUGCUUCAUGAAUGCUAUCCUUCAGUCACUCAGUAACAUCGAGCAGUUUUGCUGUUAUUUCAAAGAGCUGCCUGCUGUGGAGUUAAGGAAUGGGAAAACAGCAGGGAGGCGGACAUACCACACCAGGAGCCAAGGGGACAGCAACGUGUCUUUGGUAGAAGAGUUUAGAAAGACACUGUGUGCUUUAUGGCAAGGCAGCCAGACUGCAUUUAGUCCUGAGUCCUUGUUUUAUGUUGUUUGGAAGAUCAUGCCUAACUUUAGGGGUUAUCAGCAGCAGGACGCCCAUGAAUUCAUGCGCUACCUUUUGGAUCAUCUGCACUUGGAACUUCAGGGUGGCUUCAACGGUGUUUCCCGCUCAGCAAUUCUACAGGAGAAUUCUACUCUGUCUGCAAAUAACAAAUGCUGCAUAAAUGGAGCAUCAACUGUUGUCACAACAAUAUUUGGAGGAAUUCUCCAGAAUGAGGUCAACUGCCUCAUAUGUGGGACAGAGUCGAGGAAGUUUGAUCCAUUCCUAGAUCUCUCCUUAGAUAUUCCAAGUCAGUUCAGAAGCAAGCGCUCUAAGAAUCAGGAAAAUGGGCCUGUUUGCUCCUUACGAGAUUGUCUUCGCAGCUUCACUGACCUAGAGGAACUUGAUGAGACGGAGUUGUAUAUGUGCCAUAAGUGCAAAAAGAAACAAAAGUCCACAAAAAAGUUUUGGAUUCAAAAACUUCCCAAGGCGCUGUGCUUGCACCUGAAAAGGUUUCACUGGACAGCAUAUUUACGAAACAAAGUAGAUACAUACGUUCAGUUCCCACUGAGAGGCCUGGACAUGAAGUGCUACCUACUAGAGCCAGAGAACAGUGGCCCUGACAGUUGCCUGUAUGACCUCGCUGCCGUAGUUGUUCACCAUGGCUCUGGGGUUGGUUCUGGGCAUUACACAGCAUAUGCAGUUCACGAAGGCCGCUGGUUCCAUUUCAAUGACAGCACUGUGACAGUGACUGAUGAGGAGACCGUUGGGAAGGCGAAGGCCUACAUUCUGUUUUAUGUAGAGCGUCAGGCCAGAGCUGGAGCAGAUAAACUGUGAUACCUCCUGACCAUGAUUCAUCAACUAUACCGGACAACAUUUCCAUUCUCCAUAAAUACUUGAUCCAAGAUUUAAUUUCAGUAUGCACUUUUCAAUUUCCAGUUUGGGGUUUUAGUUUGGUCAGUGGUAGUGACUUACCCAAUAUGGGCACCAACUAAUUUUUGUUGUUGUUCUACCAGAAAACCUCAGCAGGCAUUUUGAUUGGCUGCUUUAGUUGUAAUAAUUCAAUUUUUAUAAGUAGUUUCCAGAACUUAGUUCUGUUUGACUUUUUAUAUUAAUGUUUUCAGUUCUCACGGAGGCACAUUUUAUUGCUCUGUACUCACAUGCUGAGAGCCACCCUGCCUGCUGUCUGCACAGCGGGCAGGUCAGCGACUCCAUCGUGAGGGUCGUGUGCGCAGGUCUGUGACCCGCCGGUUUCACAGCGACUGCUCAGGAAUCCCUUCUGACUGUAGGCCGUAGUAGCUGAAGGUCAGGAGACCAGGCCAUCACCACUGCCUGUGCCUCAGGGUUGCUGUUCUCAGCAUUAAAUAAAUUUGUCAGUUCCGUUGCGUCUGUGCUCAAGUUCCAGAAUCACUCUAUUUCUUGUUUCUGUUCUUCUGUUAAUUUUUUCUUGGGGGCAGGCAGGCAGGCUAGGAACUCUGACAAGUGCAAAUAUGUGUUUAAAAGCCCUGUGAUUCAGCUGCAUGACAGAGGUGUGUCCUGUGUGCGGAUUCUGUCUGACCAUCAGAGGUCAGGUCUCCUCCAGACUUGACUUCCAGGCAGAAGUGGAUCCUUGACGCUCUGGGUCUUAACCCACUCCCUGCCUAAAGCAGAACCAGGUAUAUUAAGUAUUUGUCUCUGAACAAGAAUAGUUUCUAUUAAACCCAGUAGCUUAAAAAAUACUGUUCACAAAAAUAGGGUAGAAGCACUAUUUGGAUUCAACCCAAAUUAAAAUUGGUUCAUUUAAAGAAGGCGGCAGCUAGUAGCAAGUGUGGAGGCCAGUGAUCGAGUUUGCAGGUUAUUUGUAACCUGCAAGUCAGAGUGUAGAACUCCAGCAUGGCCUGUACCAUAGUCACUUCCUUGAGGGACAAAAAUGCACUUCAUGCAGACUUUUUAGUAAUCUCAUUUUUUUCUAUUAAAAGUUAGUGUAGUAGCUUUCUUAGGUCACUCUGAGGUUGAUGAGGACACAUGGCCUAAUUCCAUUUUAAUAUUAACUAGAGAAAUCUUGCAUUCCCUCAGAGCAGAAAUUACACACUGGAUCAGCACCUUAUUAAAACACUAACUUGAAUCCAUACAAUGACCACAUGUGGUUAAGUUGAAAACUCAUUCAUUCCUCAGUCAUACUAGUUAGGUCAGGGAUGGACACAGGAAGGUCUAGUACAUUUCCAUAGGGCAUGAGGUCUCUCACACAACACUGGUCUAAGCCACCAUGUCUAAGCACUACAGCUUAUUUAGUGCAGGGAGAAAUUGAGGAACUGUGCUACGUUACAUGAGGUAGAGGCUUAUGCACUUCUAUUAGUCUACUGGUUUGACCCACAGAUCGAGGGUCGCAUGAUUUGCUCUAAUAUAUCGACCUUGACACCAUCACAGCUAAGCCUGAAUGUGAGUCUCAUCUAACUUUGCACACAGCUCCUGCUAAUCCAGGCUCCUCUGGCAUUUGUGUCUUGGCCUCUGAAUAGGCAGUUGUAAUGACUUACACAAUACUCAGACAGAGCUGACACUGUCACACCAGGUGGAACAGCAGCAGCUGACUGGGCUGCCAUGUUGGGGAGAGGUCAUUAGACAGGCAACACUCUUGACACAAAAGGGAAUGAAUGUCUCUGGGAAUUUUUGUAGCAGCUUUAUUGCUUGAUUUUACUUAGGCAACAGUGGCCGAGUGGCACCAUGAAGACUCUGAGGAAGUGACUGCCCAUUGGCUGUGCCCACAAACACCCACGAUGUCCAUGUACCUAUUUGUUUGUAAUCUGUGUAGCCUUACUGCACCUGUUACAAGCGUCUCUCUGUACUGUCUAGGGCUGGCUUUCCCCAUGUGUGCUAACUGGCAUGCAACUUCUUGCUCAGAGCUUAUGCUGAGGCAGGGCCUCAUGCAUGCCCUGUCCCAUCAGCCCCUGGCAACAGGAAACUCCAAGUCUUCCCACACAGGUGGGGAUAGAAACUGUGGCAACAUAAGUCUCUCUCCAUGGUGGAGAAUCCUAUGCUUAUCCACUGUAUUCUACUCAGUGUGUAGUGACAGAUGAUGUAAUUAAACCAGUCACAUGUGCUGGC